UGCCAGGCCCGCCGCCGUGCGAUGAACGACGAGGCCGAGUGGCCGCCGCUCGGCGCGCCCGGCGCUCCGCCCAAGCCCGGCAGCCGGCCGCCGGGCGCAGCAGUGCAGGUCCCUGGUGGAAACGCACGCCGCGCCGCGCUGGCCAACAGCAGCGCCUCGCCGGCCCCUUCAGGAGCUGCGGCUGGCCGGCAUCCGCGCGGCGCCGUGCGCUACUCGGUCCCGGCCAGCAAGCCUGCGCCGGCGCCGCAGGCCGGGCCGUCCUCCACCUCGCCGCCGGGCCUGGUGCCGCAGCACCCGCCGGGCCUCUUCGCAGCGGUGCCGCAGCACAUGCCGCUCCAGAUGCUGCAGCAGAUGCCGCCACACCUCGCGCAGCAGAUGAGCCAGCACAUGGCGAUGCCGAUGCCGAUGCAGCUGCCGGGACAGCAGCCGCAGCACUGGCAGCCGCCGGCGCCCCUCUACGGGCCCAUGUUCGCGCCGCACGGCGGAGCGUCGAUGCCCCUGCUCGCUCAUGCGCCUCAGCAUCCAGCGUACUUCAUGCCACAGGGCGGCGGCGCGCCAUACGCGCCGUUCAGCAUGAGUCCGCCCAUUUACCCGCGCGCCGGCCAGCACAACGCCCUGCAGCCGGCACGCUCGGCCCACGGCGGGCCGCCCGGCAUCCCGCAGCUGCCGCAGGUGCAUCUCAGCGCUGCUCAAGGUCUGGGUGCGGCGCAGCAGAGGCAGAGUGCUGGCGCCUCUGCCGCGCCCAGCGAGGCUCCUUCGAAGUCGCCCACGGCCGUCUCGCGGCGCACGCCCAGCAUCUCGUCGAGUGACACGCGCAGCACGAGCAUUCUGUCGUCUCCAGCGACGGCGAGUACCGCAAGGCUCGCGCCCAGCACGGUGCUGUCGUCCACGGCGGUGUCGUCGCCCGCAGUCGACGCAGGUUCCGCGGCGACCGCCACGAUGAAGCCUGCGCCCAUCGCCACGCUGCCUGCGGGGGCGCGCGUCAGCAAGUACGCGGCACCCUUCGUGCCCGCCUCGCUGCAAGAGGUCGCCAGCGCGGCGGCGCUCGAGGUCAUCCGGCUGCCCGAGCCUGCGAGCAUCGACUGGUCGGCGUACGCAGCCUCAUUCUUGCCGCCGGACGUGCUCGACGAGGAGCACGACGCGGCCGGCGAGCCGUUUGAGGAGCCGCUCGAACGCACAGAGGAGGGCGAGAAGCUGCGCAGAGCAGGCGACGCGUGGGUCGGGCGCGGCGACGACUUUGUGCUUGGCGGGGCGCUCGAGUCGCUCAGCAACUCGCCGAGCUCCAGCCUGUCCCUCCUCUCGCCAAAAGCGACGCGCUCGCCGUCGGCCAGCUGGAAGCAGGACGGUGUCGAGUCACUCAUGACGUUCGAUCCCUGCCGGACGCCUUCGCCGCCAACGCAAGACGUCACCGAGACGGAUGCCGCUGCGCCAGAUGAGCCGCUUGACGCGCCAGACGCCGAGGAGAAGGGCUCUCCCGCCGCCGCACAAGAUGAAGCCAGCGACUGGCCUGCUGCGAGUCCCAGCAGCAAGCCGGCGACGAGCGCCUCUGCGACGCUCGCAGUCCCAGCCUUCGAGCCGAGCACCUACGCGGCGCGUCUCUCGACCCUGCUGCGAAUCGAAGUCAACGAGAAGGCGCAGCAGCUCGCGCAGCAGACGAUGUUUGCAGUUGCACUGCAGCCCUAUGUCCACAAGGGCCGGCUCGCUAAAGCUGCUGGCCUGGACGGGCUGUUCUCGAUGGAUGUGCCAGGAAUCCGCGAAGAGUACCCGCCGCUGCAGCCCGGCGGCCUUGUCCGCCUGCGUCCGCUCACGGCCGACGGCUGGCUGCACCUCGAGUUCGAGGCGCGCGUGUGGGCGCUGAGGCGCAUCGAGGGCAAGGUGCUGCUGCGCUGUCCCUCGCUGCAGCCGCGCCUGGCAGCCUACUAUCCGAGCAUCGCCGACGUGCGCUUCUGCGUCAUCUUUACGCUGAGCCAUCGCGAGUCGCUCGAGUCGCUGGCAGUGCUCGGCCGAGUGUACAAGAUCCUUGCCAAUGGCGAUCGCCCUGCGGCGACCCUGCGGCGUUGGCUGUUUCCCGUCAAGGCAGACGCCCAGGUGCAGGCGCUCGACGCUGGCAUCCGCGGUGGCGAGGAUCCUGCCUUUCCCGUCUUUGACGACACGCUCAACGACGAGCAAAAGGCUGCCGCAAACGCGAUCGCGAGGCGCCGCCACCGCAUCCCGUUUCUCAUUGCUGGCCCGCCCGGCACUGGCAAGACGCGGACGCUGACCGCCGCCGUGAUGGCCACGCUGCACUGCCAGUCGUUUGCCUCGAUCCUGCUCUGCGCGCCCUCCAACACAGCCGCGGACACACUCGCGCUGCGCCUCACAGCAGCGCUGCGGCCCGGCCAGAUGCUGCGCAUCAACGAUCCCGGACGCACGUUUGCAGAGCUGCCUGAGGCGCUCGGACCCUUCUGCCACGUGCAGGAGGCUGGCGACGGAGGGUCAAGCUUCGGCCUGCCGCCGUGGAAGAAGCUCAUGGCCGCCAGGGUCGUCGUCGCCGCCACCCAUGAUGUGCCCCUGCUGCUCCGCUGUCGCGGCGCGAGCAAUGCAGACAUCGGCCGCCUGGAUGCGGCAAUCUUGCCAGGCUUGCGACCGCGCCAGCCGCAGAGCGUCCCGCUGCACUUCACGCACCUAAUGAUCGACGAGGCCUCGCAAGGCACGGAGGCGGAUUCUCUUGCCGCGCUGCUCUGUGUGCUGCCCUCGCGUCACACGACGGCCGACUCGCCGACGGUGGUCUUGUGCGGCGAUGUUGCGCAGCUCGGCCCGCAAGUACAAUCCGCCACUGCUCGCUCAUACGGCCUGGACAUCAGCUUCCUCGAGCGGCUCACGCAGCGCGAGGUGUAUCGCACGGAGCUGCUGCGUCUCCGCCGCGCGGCGCGCGACCUGCUCGUGUCGGGGCGCUUCCGGCGCGGCAGCUCGGAACAGCCUGCAACGCUGCUGCCCAAGGCCGUGGGCCCACCAGUCACCCCGAAGCCCGAGAACUGCGCGCAGCUGGUACGCAACUACCGGCAGCGCGACCCGGUGCUUCUCGCCACGCCGUCGAGCGCAUUCUACGACGACUGUCUGCUGCCGUGCGCGGCGCCCCGCCCCGCUGGUCCGCUGCCCGUCUGGGAGGGCCUGCCGAAUCCUGGGGUGCCUCUGCUGGUGGAGCACGUCGAUGGACCCGAUGAGUGGGUGGACGAAGGCGCGUCGUGGUACAACAAGAGCGAGGAGGAGCGCGUCGUGGCGCUGUGCCGAUCGUUGACCGGCCUGCCGUGCGGCAAUGCCGGGCCCAAUGUGGCCGGGCGCGUGGUCAAGGCGUCGGAGAUCAGCGUCAUCACGCCGUUCCGCGAGCAGGUCUGGCGGAUCCGCAUCGCGCUGCGAGCCGCGCACGCCAGCCUCUCGAGCGUCUCGGUCGGCAACGUGGAGGUCGUGCAGGGCGCCGAGCACAGCGUGACUAUCAUCAGCACCGUACGGGCACGUGCGCAGUUCCUCGAGGCCGACGCGAAGCGCUCCAUGGGGCUGAUUCACGAGCGCAAGAGGAUGUGCGUGGCCAUCACGCGCUGCCAGGACGUGCUCAUCGUGCUGGGUCAUGCGCCGACGCUUGCACGCGACGAGCACUGGGCGGCGCUGCUGGAGCAUGCGAUGCGCAAGCGGGCGUACGUCGGGCCCGCGGUGCCCGGCCUCGACGCCUCGUCUGGGCGCGGCGUCAGUGCGCUCGAGGCGCUCGAGAACGACGCCGACGGCGCGGCGGAUGUAUCGGCGCGGGCACGAGCAGGCGUGUCUGGGCACGGCCUCGGCAUCUACGACCACGAGGGCGGCGACGGCGACGGGGGGCAGAGCGAGGGCGACAUGCAUGCUGCGCUCGUGGCCGGGCGCAUGGCGGCGGCGGCGCUGCUGGACGACGACGCGGGCCUGUACGACUAGACAAUGACGAAAGCUUCCUAGUG